AUGUCCAGGGUAUUUAUAAGCCAAAAUGACGAAAAUACAAUAGAGAUUUUAGCCUGCAAGCAUAAAAGUAUUAAAAUUGAUGAAAUAUUUUUGGAAAAGGACAGAAUCACAAAUAAUGAACCAGAUUUAGAAAUAAUCGAAAUCCGCCCUUCUGUCAAAACACAAGAAGAAAAUAAAUUUUAUGAAAAAAAUAAAGAAAUAAGCUUGGAUUCUUUAAAGGAAGUAGAAAAUAUAUGAAAUGAUGAAAGACAUGAAGAAAUCUGAGAAAAUUCAACACUUUUAUAUAAAGACAUCAAAUGUUUGCAGCCUGGAGGGUUUAUAAAUGAUGAAAUCGUCAAUUCAUAUUUAAAACUAUUACCUCUACCUAAAAAUGUUCAUAUAUUUAACAGCUUUUUCUAUGAAUUUAUCUCAGAAAUGCUCUCUUCUUGCAACUGGAACAUAAAAAAGCUCACAAGGAUUCUUAGAAAGCAAGGGAUUAGCAACAUUUUUUCUAAAAAAUAUUUAAUUUUCCCCAUAAAUCUCAAUAAAUCCCACUGAGUUGCAGCUCAGAUAAAUAACAAAGAAAAGUGUAUAGAAUAUUAUGAUAGUUUUGGAGAAAAUAGCUUUGAGAGAGUCUGUGAAACAAUUAACGAGUCCGUUAUUAGGCUUGGAUGCGAAGAAAUAGAUUAUUAUGAAUAUAAAGCAAUGAAAGUGCCUCGACAAAGCACAUGCUGAGAUUGCGGAAUUUUUAUGAUGCAGACGAUAAGAUGUUUAAUAGAAAAUAGAGAAUUUGACUUUGAACAAGAAAAAAUUGAUUUUAUAAGGAAAAUUACUGUUCUUGAGCUUAAAAAUCAAACUCUUUAUAGGCUGAAUUAA